GAGGUGUGCUGACGAAGAUGGCGACCGAGGCGCGGAGUGAAGGGGAGGUGCCAGCUCGCGACUCCGGCCGGAGGACUUCCUAACCCUAUUCUGUAGAAAACUGAGAGAUCUUGUGUCAGAGAUAACGUGCAUGGACAAGGAGGGACAGGAACAGAUCAGAGGGGCCAGGAAAUUGAUUGACAGUGACGCCAUCUGCAGUUUUGUUAUCUGCAAUGAUUCUUCCCUUCGAGGCCAGCCGAUUAUCUUCAAUCCUGACUUUUUUGUGGAGAAACUCCGACAUGAGAAACCAGAGGUGUUCACCGAGCUGGUGGUCAGCAAUAUCACAAGGCUUAUCGAUUUACCUGGAACUGAGUUGGCUCAGCUGAUGGGGGAAGUGGACCUUAAGUUGCCUGGUGGGGCUGGCCCAGCCUCAGGAUUCUUCCGGUCUCUAAUGUCUCUCAAGCGAAAGGAAAAAGGAGUGGUAUUUGGAUCCCCACUGACAGAGGAAGGCAUCGCCCAGAUAUACCAACUAAUUGAGUAUCUGCAUAAAACAGACUUGCGGGUAGAGGGCUUGUUUAGAGUACCAGGCAACAGUGUCCGACAGCAGAUUUUAAGGGAUGCUCUCAAUAAUGGAGCUGAUAUUGACCUGGAAUCAGGGGAAUUUCACUCAAAUGAUGUUGCCACUUUACUGAAGAUGUUUCUAGGAGAGUUACCAGAGCCCUUGCUGACACAUAAACAUUUCCAUGCACACCUCAAAAUUGCUGAUUUGAUGCAGUUUGAUGACAAAGGAAACAAGACCAAUGUCCCAGAUAAGGAGCGGCAAAUUGAGGCUCUCCAGCUGCUCUUCCUUAUCCUCCCUCCACCCAAUCGUAAUUUGCUAAAGUUACUGCUUGAUCUCCUGUACCAGACAGCAAAGAAACAAGACAAGAAUAAAAUGUCUGCCUACAACCUCGCCCUUAUGUUUGCACCCCAUGUCUUGUGGCCAAAAAAUGUCACUGCAAAUGACCUUCAGGAGAAUAUCACAAAGCUAAACAAUGGGAUGGCCUUUAUGAUUAAACAUUCCCAGAAGCUGUUUAAGGCUCCUGCUUAUAUUCGGGAAUGUGCCAGAUUGCACUAUUUGGGCUCCAGAACGCACACAUCAAAGGAUGACCUGGAUCUGACAGCUUCAUGUGGGACUCAGUCCUUCCAGCUGGUGAAAUCUCAGAAACGGAACCGAGUAGAUUCUUGUUCCCAGCAGGAGGAGACCCAGCAGCGUACAGAGGAGGCACUGAGAGAGCUGUUCCAGCACGUCCACAAUAUGCCAGAGUCAGCAAAGAAGAAGCAACUUAUCAGACAGUUUAAUAAGCAGUCUUUGGUCCAAACACCAGGGCGAGAACCUUCUAGUUCUCGAGUACAGAAGAGGGCUCGCUCGCGCUCCUUCAGCGGGCUCAUUAAGCGGAAGGUCCUUGGAAAUCAGAUGAUGUCAGAAAAGAAAGACAAGUAUCCUACUCCAGAAUCUGUGGCCAUGAAUGAGUUGAAGAGAGCCAGCAGAGAAAAUAUGAACUCAUUGUUUUCUGGCUCUCCAGCUGUCACGGUGACACCAACAAGACUGAAAUGGUCUGAGGGGAAGAAAGAGGGGAAGAAAGAUUUUAUUUGUUUACUUGAAAAUCAGAGUUACAGAGAGGCAGAGGCAGAGAGAGAGAGGUCUUCCAUCCGCUGGUUCAAUACCCAGAUGGCCGCAACAGCCGGAGCUGCACUGAACUGAAGUUAGGAGCCAGGAGUUUCCUCCGGGUCUCCCACGAUUCCUCUGAAGGAUCCAGAGUUCUGUUGGCCAUGCAGAUUUUUUUUCCAGGAGGCCAAGUGUUACCACCACUCACA